AUGAAAAACAAGCUCACUGGCGACGGGAAGACGAAGAAGAAGAAGAAGAAGGAGGCUAACGGGCCUCUAUCCAGGGCGGCACUGCGCUUUUCCCUUUCUGGCCGCCAUCCGACUUUUCUUCCAGCAUCGCGAGAAACAAACAACGCCGCAAAGGGAGUGCCAGACUGCACGAUCGAGGAUCUUCGCAGUGGGCACGGCCCAGUGAGCGCAUCAAGAGACGGUUCAAUUGCAGCGCAAUCUCCUCCUGUCACACCCUUGCACGACUUGGAAAAGUCUCUUUUGGCACGUUGCACACCCGCCCAGGGUCUCGACCGUCCAUUUGACUUUGGCAAACAACCUUCUUUGAUAUCCAGGCAGUCGGCCAGACCUGCCGCCGACCAUGAAAAAGGGUUCUACACAGAAAGGCGCCGAUCACCCCCCGUUGCCUUUUUUUGCAAGAUUUCCGUCGCCAGGAAAGGCCUGCCGCUGAUACAGCUCGCUGUGCCUUUGGUCCCCUAG